AAAAAAAAUAAAAAAAUUCGUUGUUAUCUUAUCGUCAUUAUUUCUUUUGCGAUUUGUAUGGUGUUGGCAACAAAAAAUGCGAAAAUGUCGUCGACUAGUUUAUUUGUUGGUGUAUGAAUCGAAGCCAAAUUGUUAUUACAUACAUAUACAUACACCUACACGUACGCAGGUGUUGUUUUCUUCUAAUGAAGUGCUUUUUUGAGUGAUUUUGUUUGUUAUGUGUUGUCAAUCUAACGCCAAAGGAAUUUUUAUUGCGAUAUGGACAAUCAUACAAACAAGUUUUCACAUCGUAUUCGUCUUGGGAGGAUAUUACAUCUGCCAAUUUAAACCCGCUCAUUAUUUGGUAUUCGUCUUGUACAUCACGUAUUUUUACGAUUACGAUAAAUGCGGUUCGCUGUCGGUAUCACCGGAAAACUAUUCGUUUCCGAAAACGUUAAAAGGUGAAUCGAAACUAGCAGAUCUUCGAAGAAAUUCAACGGAAAACGAAGACGAUUUGUAUAAGAUAAUAGAUACGAUUAUGGAACAAGCGAAUUUUCCGAGACAAACUUACCCUUAUUUCAGGACGCGAACGUACAUUUUCUUGUAUGCCGUACACGAUUGUUGUUGGAUAAUGAGUUCUUUUUUACUUUUCGUCGGGAUAUGUUUUCAAGUGAAAAAAUGUCUUUCGGUUCUUUUCUACGGACCGUGGUUGUUGAGUUGCGGCAUCGGUUUAUUAUUAGACGUCGUAGCUGCUGUACAUUUCGGUUUGGACAUGCUUUAUAUCCACAAUUACACUUCUUGGUUGAAUUUUAUCGGCGUAGAAAACUACAAGGAUUUCAGGAAAUUCGAUAAUUAUUACAGUUCAAAUUUCGUACCGUUCGCCAGUUCUGUAAUAAUGGUGGCAUUUUUCUCCCGAUUAUUAGCGUUUUGGGCGUUGAAUAUCGUCACUUUCUUUUCGAUCAAUAGUCAUUUCGUGAUGGCGUACGUCGAUUCCGAUUCCAGCUCUAAGCAAUCGUCGAAUAGACGUACGAAAAACGCGAUCGAUUCAUCGGAAUUGAGAAUUAGAAAUUGGCAAAUGUUUUACGGUACCGUAGAUACGAGUUCGAGGGACAGUUCUAUACAUUCCGAUAAAGAUUACGAUUCUUCCAAAGGGGGUAUUUCGUUGAUGAUGUCUGCUACUAGAAGGAAACAUUCAGAUAAUAAUAGCCCACGACCUGUGGCAGGAAAUAGCACCACUCGGUAUAGCAUCGAUUCCAAUAUUGAAUAUUUAUCGGGGACUAAUAGCAGCCCGAAUGUAACUUCUAGUUAUAUAAGAUUUCCGGAUGUGGUGGAUAGUAUGGAUAAUAAAUCGAGGAAAUACAGUAGUGACUCGAUAAGACGCGAAGUUCCGUGGUCCUAUUUGAGAUAUAACGAAAAAUUUGCUACUUACGGUGAAUCUUCAAAGACUGAUUCAAAGGAAAAGGAAGUACGAAUUUUCAACGAAAUAACUGGAAGUCAAUUCUUUUGAUAUAUCUGCGUUUCAACAAAAGAUGAAUCGUAAACUUAUUUAUUUGAUGUAGUUUUUAUAUAUAUAUAUAUUUUUUUUUUAUUAAAAAAAAUGUACUUUUAUCUGUCGUGUAUUACUAAAAUUCGUUUUAAUCAAA